UCUCUUUCUCUUUUUCUCCCGUUUCUCUCACAUCUUCUACCAACUCACCCACACAUAAGAUUCACAUUUCGGAUACCUGACAAUUAAUAGAAAGCACGAGACGUACUCCUCAAGGUCGUGACCUCGUAUAUCUCACACACAUUCUGUCAAUCACUUGCAGCAGCUGACAUUCAGAGGACGAUGAUUGAUCAUUAGAUACUGUUAGCUAAUUCUUUUUUUUACCUUAGAAAGACACUGACAGCUGUUUCAAACCGCUACGCGCUGGUGAGAUCGAAAUGAAAGAUGUAAUCUGUGUUUCAAUUUUAGCUAAGGUGUGUUCCAUUCUGUUGGACUGUAACAAGGUUAAUGGUUAGACACUACAAAUCCAGCACAUUUUGACAGUUCAAUGGAUCAGUUUGAGUUCAUGAACUGGCAGCAGCCUGCUAACGAGUCGACAGCGGCAGCUAGCACCACUACCAACAUCAUCAUCACCACCCAACCACAAAUCGUAGGUCAAGGAAGAACGAUUCCUCCUCCCAGAAACUGGAUUAGUGGAUUGUGUGCCUGUUUUGAGGACUGCUCUAGUUGUCUCCUCGCAUGCUUCUGUCCCUGUUUGCUUCAGUGUAUGAUCGCCCAGGACAUGGGAGAAUCCUGCUGCAACGCUUGCUGUUACGUUUGCUGCAAUCCUGCCUCGCACUUUGGUCUCCGAGUUUUCAUGAAGGGAAGAGAGAACAUACAGGGAAGUCUGAACUACGAUGCUUCCAUUACUUCCGGAUGUCUGAGUCUCUGCUGCUACACAUGCGCACUUGCUCAGUUGGCGCGCGAGGUGAAGUUUGUCAAAAGCACGAGAAUGUUUUUCUGAUACCAAUCACAGAAAUAUGAAAUGUAUAUGCCUAGAAAAAAACAACAACAACAAUGCCAGUUUUAAGCAUUUAGGAUUCCACAUGACUACAAACUAAUGACCGCCUAUCAAAUACUUAUAAUAGUGACUAGUGACACGUGGAAAGAAUGCGUUUUUCCCUAGAGAUAUAUUUAGGCCUUGUCACAAUUCUGUUAAGCUUCCUUUAAUAAAAUGUAAGAGGUACCGUUUUACAUAUAUUGUUGCUCAUCUAAAAUGUUUCUAUUUAAGAUAUAGAUCUAGAUCUUGGACGGAGCUCAUUAUUUAGUCACCAUUUAGUCAUUUUAGUGGCAUACUUAGACAAAAGUAAAAACAAAAUUGUGGGGAAAAAAAAAGAUACAGGGGAAGUAAUUUAAACAUACAAUUACUCGGUGCAUAAGAUUUUAAUAUACAACAAAUUUAACCAACACACACGGUCCACUGGCAUACAAAAAUAAUAAUAAUAAAAAAAAAGAAGCUCUUGUCACAACAAAUUGUGUAUAUUUAAGGUUACAUCCAGGAACUUGAAUGAAAUAUAUGAAUUUUAUAGAUAAGUCUAUUUGCUUUCGAAGAAGAUAGCUGAUAAAAUUUAAAGUGUCCGUACAUGUGUCUACAACAGAGGACAAUAGACAACCUAAUGAUCGUGAAGUUUGAACAAUUUCUGAAUGAUGUUAAAAUUAAUUGUUGUGUACAUAUGGAACUUACGUUUUUGUCGUAUUUUGUUUUUGGCAAUGUAAUCUACUAAAAAAUAAAA